AUGAACUGGAUUGGGUUUGAAAGAGGGAUUAUAAGCCGGGCUGGGUUUGGCCGACAGAGACAACAAUGUGUGCCAACAGAGGGAUCCUAUAUUCCACGAGUUGUUGGCCAAAAACCGGUGAUUUUUAAGGAGAUUAUGUUCAAUGGUUUCCAGAAAGAGAUGAGUGAACUUGUGAUAAGAAGAUAUCUGUCGUUGUUUUGGUUGCAAUUUAUUUCGCUUAAAAAGUGA